AUGUCGAAGUAUUUGAAGGGUGGACAGUGUCCCCUCACACGUACACACACAUCCACACAAACACAUACAGACAAAUACAUGCACGCAUACACACACACAUACGGACAUACUCGUCUACCUGAAAAAAAAAAAUUCGAGAGGAUGUCACAACCUGAAACGAUAACACGUACCAAACAGUCCUAUUUCCCUGUUCUAUUUCCAGUUAAUUUCUUAAGUCCUUUGCCUGUACCACUCUAA